GGGAGGACCAUGCACCGCGCUGCCUCCAACCAGCGCUCGGUCUCCUCCUCCUCGGGCUCCUUCCAGCCGCCGCCGCCGCCGCCGCCGCCGCCGCCGCCGCUGCCGCCGCACGCCGCCGAUCGGCAGCCCCUCUUCCCGGGGGGCUCCAGCAGCGGCGGCAGCCGGCGGGGCUCGGGGUCCAGCUCGGGCUCGGAGCGGGCCCCCCGCCCCCGCAGCCCCCGCAGCAGCACCGAGGAAGAGGAGGAGGAAGAGGAGGAGGAGGAGGAGGACAGCAUCAGCAUCAGCAAGCCCCUGGUGCCGCCGCCCGCCACCCCGCUGCCCGCCGCCGCCUCGCCGCUCCCCAGCAGCAGCAGCAGCAGCGGCGGCGGCGGAGGCGGCGGCGGGAGCCCGGGCCGCAGCAUGACGGCGGCGGAGCUGUACGGGGCGGCGGCGGCUGGCGGCGGGGCGGGGGGCGGCGGAGCGGCGGCGGGGGCGCUCCUGGGGCCCGGCGGGGCAGGGGGCGGGAGGCGCUGGGGCUUCCAGGCGCUGUCCCUGGUGCUGCUACUGGGGCAGGGCGCGUUGCUGGACCUCUAUCUGAUCGCCGUCACCGACCUGUACUGGUGCAGCUGGAUCGCCACCGACCUGGUGCUGGCGGCCGGCUGGGGCAUCUUCUUCUGCCGCAACAGCCGGGCGCGCCGCCGGGAGCGGCCCCCGCCGCCCCCCGGGCCGCCGCCGCCGCACCCACUGCUGCUGCACGGCCCCCCCGGCGGCCGUGGGGCCGGGGGCCGCGGGGCCGGGGUCCCCCCCCGCGGCGGCGACUUCGCCUACGCGCACCUCGCCUGGCUCAUCUACUCCAUCGCCUUCACGCCCAAGGCGGCGCUGAUCCUGGGCACCUCCAUCCUGGAGCUGAUCGAGCUGCGCCUGCCGAUGGGCACCACCGGCUUCCGCAUCACCCUGGCGCUGUCCGCGCCGCUGCUGUACUGCCUGCUGCGGGCCAUCGGCACCGAAGGCGCCGGGCAGCUGCUCCUGCCACCGCAGCCACCGCCGCAGCACCGCGCCGCCGCCGCCUUCCUCGCCACCUGCCUCGACCUGCUCGACAGCUUCUCCCUGCUGGAGCUGGUGCUGCAGCCCGGGCGGCCGGCGCCGCUGCCCGCCCCGCUGCGCUACCUGCUCAUCGCCGUCUACUUCCUCUGCCUGGCCUCGCCGGUGCUGUGGCUCUACGAGCUCAGCGCCGCCCGCCCGCCCGGGGCCGCCCGCCUCGCCCUGCACCUCCUGCUGCCCGCCGGGCUGCUGGACGCGCCGCUCCUGGCGCUCCGCUGCCUCCUGCUCCUGCGCUACCAGCAGCCGCUCUCCCUCUUCAUGCUGAAGAACCUCUUCUUCCUGACCUGCCGCGGGCUGGAGGCGCUGGAGACCUGUGCCUCCUCCGCCCCGCCGCCGCUCCGCCGCCCGCCAAGUACGGCCCCGCCGCCGCCGCCCCCGCCGCCCCCCCUAGCCCACGGGCUUUCCGACGUGGACGUGGGACCCCACGGGUACGUGAACGCCUUGGCGGUCACCGCCCAGGGCUGAGCACCCCUGGCCGCCGCGCCCGGAGGGGCUCCCGCCGCCUCCGGGUCCACUCCCGGCAGUCUCUCUGCGUUUCUGCUCAGGUUCCCGCCUCCGUGGCCGAGCAGGGGAAGGGGACGUGGGCUUCCCUGCCAGACUCCCACUCCCCUCCUCCCUUUCUCAUGGAUGAAUCCAGCAGCGGAAGCUCCGCACAAACCCGACUACCUGCAGGAGCCUACGGAUGACACUUGUCCCUGGAAAACGCACCUACCCUUCACGACAGGACUUCGAGUGCUUCUGUCUCUCCCCUGUCUGGAGGGUCCCACUCUUCCCCUCCCGUUCCCUGCCAGGACAUUGUGUUGCAUUGAGACCAUAAAAGUACAGUUUUUCCUUUUCCUCCUAAACAACAGGGACCAGUGCAUUUUCUCCUCUCUUUUAAGAACUCCUGCUGCCCACAAUGAGAUGCGAGAGGGGCCUGACCAGCAGAGACGUUCCUCCGGGAUGGAAGAAGGACAGAAGGAAGCACGCUUUGGUUUCCCUAGGUCUUGCAAAGCUGCUGCCUCCGUUUCCCAGGCCUUUGCAUCCCAGCUGGGGAACCUCUGGAAGCACGCUGGCCAACUGGUCACUUCAAGCCCAUGAGCCACCUUCUCCUAGCCAAAAAUGUCUACCUCUGUGCUUCAACCUUUUGCAUCUUACACUGACUUCACAUGCUGAAGAAACACGAAUCCAGCAUGGACAUGAACCGGGGCUUAGGCCCCAUUUCAUAUCCACCAAGACAUUUAUUUCUGGUGAGAACAGGGUUUACAGCAGCCUACUGCUUGCAUCCGCAGGUGCUGGGGCUCUCAUUUCUCUGUGAAUAUGCAUGUUUAUGGGAUCUGCAUUGGUUUUCUUUUUACACAAAGCGUAGGGUCUUCCUUUACACAGCCAGAAAGGCUGGAAAGAUUUCCUCUGGCCGCCUUCCAUGCCUGCUUGAGAGAGUGGAGACAGGGUUAAGCCUGCAAGCUGCUCCCUCUCAAACAGCAAAGCAGAGGACAUUGGCGCUGCUCGGCGUGGGCCCCAUGCUCAGCGAACCUCACUUUUCAGCACAGAAAGCAAAGUGCUGCAGGAGCCCUCGAGGCAGAGGGGCUCCUCGAGCUUUGGUGGAAGCCCACGUAUCAGCAUCCUGUCCUCCUUGUGCAUGUGGUUUAGGAUAGGCAGGGGAAAAAGCUAAUUGUUAGUAACCUCUCAUAGAAACACAGUUUUCUUUGGUUUUAAGCUCCAUGAAUGUUCAGUGGGGUUAAGGCCUGCUCUUCUGCCUGGCUGCAGCUGCUCCUGAAACCAGCCCCAUGGGAGCAGGAGCACAGAGGCCACGUUCGGAGGAAGAACUUUGCCCCUCCCAGGCUUAUGUUUUGUUAUCUGGGCAAGGCUGCAAUAAUUAUGAAAAAUGACAGUUUCCUGUCCCAAAUUUUUUUUUUUUUUCAAGUUGUCCUGAGGGGAAGGGGAAAUAAAGCACAACCAACUGCUACCCAGAGCAGGACUGCAGGCACAGCCCAGACUUCUACCGCACACACAUUCAUUCUCUCCUUCAGGGCUUGGGCUUCAGUGGGACUGAGCCCUCUGUCCCACCUUCCUUUUCACAGAGUGGGAUCAACUGCCUGCUCCAGUGGACUGCUACAACAAAAUGUUUACAGUCUGGUAACUUCCAGCUCCCAGAGGCAGAAGCGGAGAUGCCCUGGGGCUCUUCUUCCCCAGCUCUCAGUGGCUGGUGGGUUUUGAGGGGCUAGAAAAGCCCUUGGAAAAGAUGGGUCAAUAGUGCUGUUCUGUUCAGAAGUGCAGCUAGGAUGGGGGACUUGCUGCUCUCCUCACGCCAAAUGGAGAGCUGGCAAAGGCUAGGCUUAACUUUCCCACCAGUGCUUUAUUACCUGAGCCCUUACAUGGGCAAUUGUGUGAAUUUUGGCCAGUGGCCUUUCUCUUCGGUAACUUCUUCUUGUCUGGACAAUCUUGGUGCUGUGAGUGACUGUGAUUGUAAAACUUGGUACUGUGAACUUUUCCUGUGUGAUGUGAAAUGUGUCGAGGGGAUGCUACGUUCCUGGCCAAAGGAGGUGUAAUUACAGGUGUAUUACGCUUGUACAGAUAUUUGUUUCCUUGCACCUUCCUUUUUCAGCAUUAAGUAGACAGUAAAAUCUCAGACAUAAUUACUCAAGAGAGACUGGGGUGAUACCUGAACCUAGGUGUACUCCAUGUUUCAGUCAAACAGCUAAAUAAAAAAUAAAUCCCAAAACAACCAACAUUGCCAAAUACAAGGGGAAGGAAAAAAGCUAUUCACCAACUAUGUUUUGCUGCUCCUAUGGCCAACUUCACGAUAGCACCAAAGUGCUAACCCCUAAUACACUGAAGUGUGAACAUAGUUGAGACACUAGAAGAAUCACAGCAGAAUUAUUAUCAAGUCCUACUUCAGUACCCCUUCAUAGCACAUAAAGUUGCUGUUUCAACAGUGAGUGCCUUUUUCCAGUUAGGACAUUAUGGAGAAAAACGGCAUAUUUGAAAUUUAUCCAGCCAUGGCAUACUUAAACCAUUGGCAGUGAAAUCGCAGUUCAAAUUUGUCCAUGGAUGAAAAGGUUGCCUGGGACAGACGACCCUGCAAAAUGAUGUUUCAGUUGUAUAGAAUUCCUUGGUAGAAAAGGUUGUUCUUUGUGAUGCCAUGGUUUCUAGUCUGGUAGUAGAUGUGCUGUUUGGAGAGUAAAAAGCUCGAGUAGUAGUUGGCUAUACAGAAGCCUCCUUGCAACUAAAAGGGCACCUCUGCUGCUACUGCAAUUACUUCCUACAGAAAACCAUUUAAAGCUCUUCAAUGUCUUCUUUAUAAGCCUGCUCCACCUUUUGAAUUUCUUUCUCUUUGGUAACUGAGCUUACUCUUCCAUUUAAACCCUUCUGCCACGUAACCGUUCCGUUUGCAGAAGAGAGAGACAGUGGUACUAUUGAAGUGCAAGCAAUACCUCUCUUGAUGCACCUUGCACACCUCCUGUACAUUCUCCCAACACUAAAUUACUGCUCCAGGUCACUAACACUUUGCUAAACAAAGUUGUGCCAUACUGAGACACAGGUCCCUUGGGAUUCUGUCACAAGCCUUGUAACACUACUCAGUUAUUUAGAAUUUUAUUGCUCUUUGUUUGCUAUCCUGACAAAGGAGUUGACUACUCCCAGGAGGGGAAACUGAAGUGAGAGAUAAGGCCUGUGGCCGAUGGACACUUGGCAUCCCCCUGGCAUUAAUUAGAACUUGUAUUUUUUAAAAAGCAAGAUUGUUAAAAUAAAGUUAGAAACUUGUGACUGA